AUGCCGCGACGUCCACCAGCUGUGGAUGACUAUGCAUCCGCCGUGCCGCAUGUCAUCCUCGCUUCCUCAGAUGCCGAGUUCCUCGACCAGUUGAUCCCCGUUCUUAAAGAUGCUACCCACUCGAACCGAACCCCUCUUUUGACUCAAUGUCUAAGUCGAUACUACGAAGACCGAGAAGCCGAGAUCGAGCGUAUUGGCCUGACCAGGCACGAAGAGUUCCUCGAUUCCAUCAACCACUUACAGACCGUCCGGGCAGAAACAGUGACUUUGACGCAAGAGAUUCUGAGUCUGAAUGAGUCGAUUGCUGGAAGUACAAAAAAGCUAGCAACACAAAAGGAAGCACUGGUAAACACCUCUUCCGUACGACAAAACAUCGCCGAUGCCACCGGCGCCCUCAAGGAUUCCCUCACCAUCCUUCACGCCGUCAACAACGCACACGAACUUGUCCGUCGCAAGAACUAUUACGCCGCCCUAAAAUCCCUCGACGAUCUUCAAAAUGAGCAUCUCGUACCCAUCAUCCAGAAUCGCUAUUCUACGCAACAUCGGCUGGCCGAUGUCAUCCAAAAGUCUAUACCCGCGUCUCAGAAGGCGAUUUCGGAAGCUGUCAUGACGGAUUUGAACACAUGGCUGUUCCGUAUUCGAGAAACGUCGCAGUUCCUAGGCGAGGUAGCAUUUUACCACACCGAAAUGAGAAGGACGCGACAGAAGAAGAGGGUGGAAGAUGAUCCGUUUUUGGCUAACUUCAAGCUCAACUCAGCCAUUGAGCUUGUCAGCGAUGAGAAUGAAGAUUUCGAUGUGUUGAACAACGAAGAACUACAGGUGGAUUUUACACCCUUGCUCGAAGCACUUCAUAUUCAUGAAGCUCUUGGUCAAUUAGAAAAGUUCCGCUCAGAAUAUGGUGCGACUCGACGUCAACAGAAAGAUUUGUUACUACCGAGCUAUAUUGAGCUUCUGGCGGAAGAUGAACAUUCGUUGAGUAGUUUGCUAGAAGGAAUAGCAGGGUUUGCCAUCAUCGAGAGGGCGACCAUGCAAAGAAUUCCACAUUUGCGCUCAUCGAACGAUGUGGAAGAACUGUGGGAGUCUAUGUGCACGGCUGUGAUAAAUCUCACCUCGAAGUCGCUGAGUGACGUCGAAGAUGCGGAGGCCCUGAUCAAGAUCAAAACAAUUAUAGCUCUUUUCAUUCAGACAAUGGAGGGCUGGGGAUAUGCUGUUACAAUGCUGGACAACUUCCUCCUCAAGUUGUUCGAUAAGUAUGCUGAGCUAUUGAAGAAACGUUUCAGCGUAGACUUCCAAGAGAUAGUGUCAACGGAUGACUAUAUGCCAAUGGCCAUCAAUACCCCAGCGGAAUACGAAAAGGUCGUCAACGUCAGCUGGUUCGCACAAGAAAAGCCAAUGGAAGAACUUACGUAUCCAUGUGUACUUCCCUUCUCACAAAUGUACCCCAUGUGCUGUAUAGAUAUCCGCAACUUCUUGAACCAGUUCUACUUCUUCUCCGACGAUCACUUCCAACAUCCCAAUGUCAUCGAUGAAACGCUCAAAAAGUCUCUGGACGAACUUCUUACAGAAAAGGUCUGCAAGUCGUUGGUAGAGCGAUUGAGUUCCCAAUAUCUGGGUCAAAUCGUACAAAUUCUCAUUAACUUGGAGCACUUCGAGAUUGCCUGCCAAGAGCUCGAGCAGCUGCUCAUCCGAGCGCGCUCAUCGACAUCUGCAGGCGGCCCGGUCAAACUUAAGGCUACGGAUUUCUUCCGCGACAACAAAAAGACCGCUGAGAAACGAAUAUUCGAGCUUGUCAAUUCGAAGAUUGAUGAUCUGAUUGACACGGCAGAAUACGAAUGGACUGCGUCAACAGUCGAAAAGGAGCCGAGCAACUACAUGCAGACUUUGACCCGGUACCUAUCCAACAUCAUGAACUCUACUCUUCUGGGUCUCCCUCGGGAGAUCAAGGAACUUAUUUACUUUGACGCCCUCAGCCACACAUCGGAGAAGAUUCUGGCCCUUCCCCUCUCCUCUGAUGUCAAGCACAUCAACCCUAAUGGCGUAGCAGCCCUUGCGCUAGACGUAGAUUAUCUUGUACAGUUUGUCAGCAGCCUUGAGAAUGGUCAAAUGCUCAGAGAGAACCUCGACGAGCUAGCGCAGACCAUUGCUCUGCUGCAAACUGACAACCAAGAUGAGUUCUUUGACAUUUCCACACGUAACAAGAAAUACGGGCGUGUAGACGCCCUCAAUGGACCGAUGUUGUUGGAGAAGUUGACACCCGUGGCAGCGAGUCCCGCUAGAAGCGCACCGCUAGCUAAUUUCUCAUCACGGUUCGGCAUAAACCGCUAA